AUGGUAUUGGAUACUCCACAGGAGCUUCACAACGAGGAACCCCAAGCCAUAUGUUUGGAUAACACAUGUAUGGUGGAUAGAUCAUGGACUUCCAUGGAACAGUUUAACGGUUGCGGAUGGGUUUGGAAGGAUAGUCUGGGACAAACACAACUUAUGGGAACGCAGAAUUUAAGUAGGCGAGAGUCUGCUCUGCAUUCAAAAGUGGAGGUACUGCGAUGGGCAAUGGAGAGUAUGCUUCUACAUUCUUCGUAUGAGAGUUUUGAGACAGAUUGUAAGGAUUUAAUAGCAAUGAUAGAGGAGCCUCAAGCUUGGCCAAGUUUUACAACCGAAUUGGAGGCGAUAAAGACGCUCCAGCUAUGCUUUCCGAAAUUCAAGUUAUCUCACGUCCCAAGAGCACAAAAUGGAAUAUCAGAUUCGUUAGCUAAGAUUGCUAGAUCCUUUCAUAGGAAGCUUUGUUACAUUGGUUGUUCUAUUCCUGUCUGGUUAUCCAGACCAUCUCAAGUUCUUUUAGUAAUAGAAUAA